UUGAAGGAAAAUCCCUUAUCCUGUGAAAAUGAAAGUAAAAUAAUGUCGGUGUCUUAAAAUGCCCCGGCGCUGUGUGAAGAGAAGAUAACCUCGCACACCGUAGUAAAGGGUAAAACGUUAGCGAUAGGAAAACUUUAACCGAAAAUCGUCUUUUCUAGAGCGUUUCUAGUAUAACUGAUUUAUACCCGCAACAUGCAUAAAAUUUUGGUGUUCGCUUGUGUAUUGUGUGUAGACAUAAUAAUAGUUUACACUCUGGACCUCGGAGAAACUUUUCUUAAGUCUCGUACAAGAAAUCUUGACUAUAAUCUGUUACGCCAGUGGGCUGAAUCUGGACUGCGAUGCACACUGCUGUACACAGGAUCUAUUUUAUGCAAAGAUGCAGCUGAUCCACAUAUACGUAGAUGGAUUACGGUCCACUGUUUUAUCGGUUCGGUAUACGAAACCGGACGCGUAGCGCUGUUCGACAACUACCGCCUUGGUAAAUAUAAUUUGUGGCUCGUCGGUACUGUCGCUGCUGCUUUAGCUUGUCUUUUUUGGGAGGUAACGCUGCCGGACACCAAUGGAGAGAGUAACGGUAAAGACCGCAAACAGAGGGCUCGAGUUCUCUUCAUCCGGGUCAUCUGUUUGUCCAAACCAGACUACAUAUUAUUGUGUGGAGCUUUUGUCUUUCUGACCUUAGCUGUGCUAUGUGAGAUGUUCAUCCCAUUGUACACUGGAAAUGUGAUUGACAUCUUGGGUUCACAUUACCAGUGGGAUAACUUUAGAUCAGCCAUCUUUUUCAUGGCAUUGUUCUCAUUGGGAAGUUCUUUCAGUGCCGGUUGUCGUGGAGGCCUGUUCAUGUGUGCAAUCAAUAGCUUCACUUGCAGAAUUAAGGUGCAACUGUUUGGAUCCCUUGUCAGGCAGGACAUUGGCUUCUUUGAGACCAUCAAGACAGGUGACAUCACAUCUAGACUGUCUACAGACACUGCUUUGAUGGGUCGGGCUGUAGCCCUGAAUGUCAAUGUCUUUCUGCGGACCUUGAUUAAGACCCUUGGCAUGUUAUAUCUGAUGCUGAGCCUCUCAUGGAAGCUUACACUACUGAUGCUGAUGGAGACGCCACUGACAGGCUUGCUGCAGAACAUAUAUGACACGCAUUAUCAGAGGCUCUCAAAAGAAGUUCAGGACUCCAUUGCACAAGCCAAUGAAACUGCGGGGGAGGCAGUGUCAGGAAUUAGGACAGUAAAGAGUUUCAAGACAGAACUUGGUGAAGCCCAUCGCUAUGAUGUCCGUUUGAUGAAAACCCAUAAUCUUAAGACCCGACGGGACACAGUCAGGGCAAUUUACUUGCUAGUUAGGCGGAUGACAGAAUUGGGAAUGAAGGUGGCCAUGCUUUACUAUGGGAAACUCUUCAUCCAGUAUGGACAGAUGAGCACAGGGAAUCUUGUCUCUUUCAUCCUCUAUCAGUCAGACCUUGCGAGAAACAUCAGGACCUUGAUUUAUAUCUUUGGAGACAUGCUGAACUCAGUGGGUGCAGCCGGUAAGGUGUUUGAGUACCUGGACCGAAAAUCUGAAGUCAGUAUUGAUGGUAACCUGCAGCCCAGUGAUCUGAAAGGACACGUCAGCUUUCAGAACCUCACCUUCUCGUAUCCCAGAAGACCAGAUCACAAUGUGUUAAAGAACUUCUCUCUGGAAUUGAAGCCGGGUCAGAUGACCGCUCUGGUGGGAAUGUCAGGUGGGGGAAAGAGCACCUGUGUGAGUUUGCUGGAGAGAUUCUACCAGCCUCAGCAGGGACAAAUUCUGUUAGACGGACAACCACUAGAGAAUUUCCAGCACAAAUACUUGCACAGCAAGAUAGCAAUGGUGGGUCAGGAGCCUGUACUUUUCUCUGGCACUGUUCAAGACAACAUUGCCUAUGGUCUGCCGGGCUGCUCAAAGGAGAAAGUAAAGGAUGCUGCCAGCAAAGCCAAUGCUCAUGCCUUUAUCUGCAAACUGGAAAAUGGCUACAACACAGACGUGGGAGAGCGUGGUAAUCUACUUUCAGGAGGUCAGAAGCAGCGCAUCGCUAUCGCCAGAGCUCUGAUCAGACAACCUCAGGUGCUCAUACUGGAUGAAGUUACCAGCUCUUUGGACACUGAAAGUGAACAAAUGGUUCAACAGGCCCUGGCAUGCUGCCCCACCCAGACCUUGCUUGUGAUUGCUCAUAGGCUGAAGACCAUUGAGAAGGCAGAUCAGAUUGUGGUGAUUGACAGUGGGGAGGUGGUGGAGCUGGGCACACAUCAGGAACUGAUGGACAAGAAAGGAAGUUACUAUAAACUGAGAGAGAGGCUCUUUACUGAUGAUAACACAGCCAACCAAGACACUGAGAAACCUGAUGCUGUAAAAGUCCAGAAGCCUAUGUUGAAAUAAUGUGCUUGUUCAGAAUACAAAUAUACACUACCAGUCAAAUGUUUUUGAACAGUAAGUUUUAAGAAGUCUAUUCUGCUCACCAAGCCUGCAUUUAUUUGAUCCAAAGUACAGCAAAAAGAGUACGAUUGUAAAAUAUUUUUACUAUUUAAAAUAACUGUUUUCUGUUUGAAUGUAUAGUUAAAAAUGUAGUUUAUUCUUGUGAUUUCAAAGCUGAAUUUUUGCAUCAUUACUCCAGUCACAUGAUCCUUCAGAAAUCAUUCUAAUAUACAGAUUUGCUGCUCAAAAAAACAUUUAUUAUUAUUAGUAUGUUGAAAACAAAAAGGUAGAUUUUUUUCAGGUUUCUUUGAUGAGUAGAAAGUUCAGAUAAACAUAAUUUAUCUGAAAUAGAAAUCUUGUAUAACAUUAUAAAUGUCUUUAUCAUCACUUUUGAUCAAUUUAAAGCUUGCUAAAUAAAAGUAUUCAUUUUUAUAAUUUCUUUCCAAAAAAGAAAUAAACAAAUUAUACUGACUCCAAGCUUUUGAAUGCUAUAGUGUAUAAUGUUACCAAAGCUUUUUAUUUCAGAUAAAUGCUGAUCUUUGGAUCUUGGAACUGUUUUAAAUAUUGAUAAUAAUAAAAAACAAGAUGUUUCUUGAACGGCAAAUCAACAUAAUAGAAUGAUUUCUGAAGGAUCAUGUUACACUGAAGAUUGGAGUAAUGAUACUGAAAAUUUAGCUUUGAUCACAGGAAUAAAUUACAUUUUAAAAUAUAUUAAAAUAGAAAAAUUUUAUUUUAAUUUUAUUUUUUAAUUUUACUGUUUUUGCUGUACUUUGGAUCAAAUAAAUGCAGGCUUGGCGAGCAGAAGAGACUUCUUUAAAAAAUAUUAAAAAUCUUACUGUUCAAAAACUUUUGACUGUGUACCAUUACAAACCUUUGUAAAUAGGGACAUACAAUAUAAGAGAGGACAUUAUCCUUUAAUGUUAUUACAUUUCUAAAACUUUGAACUGUGGACUUGUACAUAGAAUAAACUCAGUGACGAUCAUCAGUCAAAAUGUUUAAUCAACAAACAAUGUUGAUGAAUGUAAAAAUUUUGGAUUUGUUUGGUGUUGUGAAUAAAUGUGAAUAAAUAUUG